AUGGUCAACCUCGAAAUCCCAUCCCAAUAUACAUUUUCACCUUCUGAAGCUACACCUCAGCUCACCAUCAAUCGCGAUGCUACUAUCGAUCUCGAUUCUAGCAACGCUUUCGAAGGCCCAGAAAAGCUUCUAGAAGUUUGGUUUGCUCCCUCUCCAAAGGACUUGCCUAUUGGUGCUAAAGAAGAUGGACUCAAGUCCGUCUCGGCCGAAACAUGGACAGGAAUGCUAGAUCUUGUAAAUUGCAAGGUCUUGUCAGUCGUUGAGUCUGAGCAUGUUGAUGCCUACCUUCUCUCUGAAUCUAGCAUGUUCGUUUUCCCUCACAAGCUUAUUCUCAAGACUUGCGGUACUACCACCUUAUUGCUUGGGCUUCGUCGAAUGUUGCGAAUUGCGGCCGUCCAUGCAGGUUUCCCGGCCCAAGAUUGUAAAUCUCUUGAGGAUGUCAAGACUGCUGCCAAACCUUACCGAGUCUUUUACAGCCGAAAGAACUUCUUGUUCCCUGAGAAACAGCAAGGUCCACAUCGUAGUUGGAAAGAUGAAGUCAAAUAUCUCGAUGACAUGUUCUUAGGUGGAAGCGCCUAUAUGGUUGGCAAGAUGAACGGAGAUCAUUGGUACCUAUACUUGACUAACCCUAAUACCGAUCUUACACCGCCUCGAACCCCGGAUGCAGAAAGAUCGGUCACGGAGACUAAGGUCCUGAACAUGCCCAACCAGGCUCUAUCCUUGGAUGGUGAUUGUUCCCAAGGCCCAGAUGAAACCCUAGAGAUUCUCAUGACUGACCUGGAGCCAAAUAAUGCCAAACAAUUCUAUCUUGAUCACGCAGUUGCGGCCGCGGAGACCAAGUAUGCCAGUCGGGCUAUCGAAGCACGAAAGGAUGCAGAAGACAGUCUUGGUGAAUUGAGUAGAACCGAUUUGAGCAUCAGUGGUACAACAGCCGGAAGCACCAAUACUGAUGAAACUUUUGACGUCUUUAGCAACACAUCUUCCGAUCACAACGGAGGUCUUGUCACACCGGAUGAUGAGGUAUCAUUCCCCGAAGAGCUUGGAACUGAGGGUCACGCUCUUGGUACGGUAGUUUCUGAAGCUUGCGGUCUAUCGGAUGUUUAUCCUACCUCGAAGUACCCUGAUGCACGCGUUGAUGCUUAUCUCUUCACUCCGUGUGGAUUUUCAGCCAAUGGAGUUAUUCCCGCUCCUGAUCAAGCAGGUGCUGCUACGCAUUACUUCACGGUCCAUGUUACGCCUGAACCUCAAUGCUCGUAUGCAUCAUUCGAGACCAACGUGCCUGGCUGCCAAACUGGUCGUGAGACGGCUGACAUUAUCGAGCACGUUGUUGAUAUUUUCAAGCCCGGUCGUUUCAGUGUUACUCUCUUUGAAUCGAAGAACAAUUCGGCCGAGGGAAGAGAAUUAACAUUGCUUGGCGAUUCUGCCUCCGCCAUGAAGAGUGCAGGCGCCGCUCGCCUGAGAAGUGCCAGAAUGGAAAACAUUCCCGGAUACCGUAGAGUUGAUAGGAUCGUACACGACUUUGACGGCUACGACCUCGUCUUCCGUUACUACGAGCAAGUUGGCUGGGAAGGUAAAGCUCCACGAUUGGGAGAGAUUGACUAA